AUGGCAAUGGGUCACUCAAAAUGGCAGGAAUCCGGAACGGGAAAUGCGCCUGAAAACAGGCUCUCGCCAUUGGCUCUGCAGGAACUGAACUCUCGACUCUCAUAUACGGGACACCAAUUAAUCACCAGGGAGUCAGACCCAGCUAAGUACGCAAGGUGUAUCGAGCGGUGGUCUAUGGCGGCGGUGAAGCCUGCAGGAGCUGUCCUCAUACCAGAAAGUAUAGACGCUAUCUCCAUAGCCGUCCAUUAUGCCACACAGAAGUCUAUCGACCUGGCGGUCCGAGGUGGUGGCCAUUCCACUGCCGGGUCGAGCUCCACCGAUGGUGGCCUCCUCAUUGACCUCGGUUCCUCAACGCGGUUCACGCAAGUUAAGGUGGACAAGACGAAAGAUCAUUUGAUAGCAGGGGGCGGAGCUAAUUGGGAUCACGUCGAUGAAGCGGGGUUUGCUGCGGGCCUGGCGACAGUUGGCGGCACGGUCAGCGACACCGGGAUCGGCGGCUUGACUCUUGGGGGCGGGUAUUGGUGGUUGAGCGGGAAAUUAGGUCUCAAGAUUGACAACCUGAUCGCCGUGGAGCUCGUGACAGCAGAUGGGAAGGUCUUGACCGUGAGUGAAGAACAGAAUGCACAAUUGUUCUGGGCUCUUCGGGGAGCAGGACACAACUUUGGUGUCGCAGUAUCAUUCACGUACCAGGGUCAUGCUUAUGGCACAGGCCCGGUAUCGAAACGCAUCGCCGGCGCAGAGGGUGGACAGGCCUACGCGGGCACUUUGGUCUUCCCUGUAUCACAGCUAAGUCAGGUCAUCGCGGUGCUCGAUAGGUUGUUUGGCGUACAGGGCUCAUUGAAAGGAGGUACCGGGGCAGGAAGAUUCGCUCUCGCAAGAUCGCCUCCUGGGGGAGGUCCCCCGGACGGCUACUUCUUUCUCAAGCCCAAGAGCAUUGACGAGUCCGGAACCGUUCGGGCCUAUGACGCCUGUACCGUGUGCUUCAUCGACAAAGAAGUAGACGUUGUCUAGAACAUCCUUCGCAACUUCGACCAGUUCUUUCAGCGGGCAAAUGUCUCCUUCCAUACUGUACACAGACUCUACAGCAACGAACACCGACCGCUCCUUUUCUUGUAUCAAUGGCUGGCCCAAGGCUGACAGUAACGCUUCUCGAAAUGACUCAACACUGUUGUGGUGAAAGGAGAUCUUGUCUGCGCGGCCUUUUUGCAUCCCAU